AUGAAAAUUGCGGUUCUAACCUCGGGUGGUGACAGUGCAGGAAUGAAUGCCGCCGUUCGUGCAGUAUGCAGAGCUGGCAUCCUUCAGGGCUGUGAAACGUGGGUUGUGCGGGAAGGUUAUGAGGGUCUCGUCUUGGGAAAUGUUGAAAUGAAGGGUACAUCAGUCUCGUUGCAAGAUCAUGUUGAACCAAACGUCCCAGAUCACCCCGAUCAUUAUUCAAUUCUCCAGAAUUUACGAUUUGGCGAUGGAGAGCUCUUGCGAGAAGGAGACGCCGACGCGUCUGCUGACGAUAGCACUGGUAGAAGAAGUCUCAAGGGACGGCACAUUAUCCGGGUUGGGUGGGACGACGUCCGGGGUUGGCUUGGCGAGGGCGGCACAUUGAUAGGCACAGCCAGAUCGAAGGCGUUUCGUACGCCGGAAGGCCGAUCUGCUGCUGCACAUAAUUUGAUUAAGGAAGGGAUUGAUGCUCUUGUCGUUUGCGGUGGCGAUGGUAGCCUUACGGGUGCCGACAAACUUCGUGCGGAGUGGCCAUCUCUUGUGAAGGUCUUAGCAGAGCAAGGAAGGAUAACGCAAGAACAGGCAUCGAAAUAUGGGCAUCUUCGAGUUGCGGGCCUUGUUGGUUCAAUUGAUAAUGACAUGGCACUGACUGAUAUAACUAUUGGAGCCUUCACUGCUUUACAUCGCAUAUGCGAGUCGAUCGAUAACAUAAGCACCACAGCUAGUUCUCAUUCCCGUGCUUUUGUGGUCGAGGUCAUGGGUCGGCACUGCGGAUGGCUCGCUCUCGUUGCUGGUAUGAGUGCUGGAGCUGAUUUCAUUUUCAUUCCCGAGAAGCCUGCAAAGGUGGGGGAAUGGGAGAAUGAGAUGUAUGAAAUUAUAACCCGCCAUCGAAAAAUCGGCAAACGGAAGACUAUUGUCAUCAUUGCCGAGGGCGCGUUAGAUACUCAACUCAACCCCAUCAAGCCUGAUCACGUCAAGGAUGUGCUCCAAAACCGCUUGGGUCUAGAUACACGUGUCACGACACUUGGCCACACUCAACGAGGGGGGAAACCAUGUGCCAUGGAUAGGAUUUUGCCUACACUGCAAGGCUUUGAAGCAGUCGAUGCGCUCCUCUCGGCUACUCCGGACACUCCAUCAUACAUGAUAGGUAUCUCGGAAAACAAGAUUACGCGGGUUCCUCUGAUGGAGGCCGUGAAAACUGCAAGUACUCAAGCCGUUGCUAAGGCUAUUGAAGCAAAAGAUUUUGAGAAAGCGAUGUCUUUGCGCGACCCAGAAUUCGCCGAAACUUAUCAAAAUUUCCUCACAACCUCAAGCAUUAGCGAUGAGAAUUUGCUACCGAACGAACAGAGACUUCGAAUCGCGAUUAUUCACGUCGGUGCUCCAGCUGGCGGAAUGAAUGCAGCAACGCGAACCGCCGUACGCUUCUGUCUCAGCCGUGGACACCUACCACUUGCAAUUCACAACGGCUUUAUCGGGCUCCUCAACGAUAACAUCAAUGAGCUCUCGUGGUUGCGCGUAGACAACUGGAUGACGAGAGGGGGUUCAGAGUUAGGGACCAACCGUUCUCUCCCUGAUAUCAAUCUCGGACAAGUGGCCUCUCAAUUCCAAAAGCAUCAAUUCGAUGCUCUUUUUCUCAUCGGUGGUUUUGAAGCGUUUAAUUCUCUCCUCAUGCUGGAGAGGGCCCGUCAACACUAUCCGUCAUUCAACAUUCCCAUGGUACACUUACCAGCCACCAUUUCGAAUAACGUUCCUCUCACCGAGUUCAGUAUUGGAAGCGAUACAAGUUUGAACGCACUUGUGGACGCAUGUGAUGCGAUUAAACAGAGUGCAUCAGCAAGUCGUAAUCGCGUUUUCGUUGUUGAGACACAGGGAGGCAAAUGUGGCUACAUUGCCACGAUGGGUGGCUUGGCGGCUGGUGCUGUGCUUGUCUACACUCCGGAAGUUGGGAUAAAUCUCGGCAUGCUGACAUUUGAUGUCAAACAUCUUAAGAAUCGCUAUCGCUUGGACAUCAAGGGGAAAAGCGAGGGCAGGCUAGUUCUUCGGAACGAAAAGGCAUCAGAAGUAUACACUACCGAAGUUAUUACGAAAAUGUUCCGGGAGGAAGGCACUUCACUGUUUGAUUCUCGGGGCAUCCCUUCACCACUCGACCGAGCACGUGCAGCGCGUCUCGCAUCAAAAUGCAUGACCUUUCUCGAAACACAGGCACACAUGUUGAGGGCACAAUCAGCAACUAGACGAGCACCUCCGAAUGCAGCGGCUAUGAUCACCAUUGAAGGUAGCUCAGUUCGCUUUGCACCCGUGACCCGUGUCGUAGAGCAUGCCGACAUGAAAGACAGGCGUGCUAAGCAUUCAUGGUGGGAGAAGUAUAGAGAUUUAGUGCACGAGCUUGGUGGUCUCUCCAAAUUACACGUCGAAUCCUAG